CGCCGGCGUUGCAUCACUCGCUUGCGCAGGCCUCCCACACCGCGCGGCUGUCAGAGGGAAGGAAAGGGAAGGAAGGAGGCUCGUUCGGAGCGGCCAACACCAUUGGGCCCGGGAGCGAAAGGAGGCGGGUCGCCAAGCUCUCCUCAUAGGGCAGGAGAGCCGCGGGUGAAGGGCUGCGUCUUUGGCCGGCCGAGAACAGAGCUGGAAGAUUUUGUCAGGGACCUUCAGUCCAACCGUCGCUCCGCCGGGAAGGGGGAAAAAAAAAAAAAGCCGAAGGAUCCCAACGGGAGAGGCUGCGCCUGCUGCGUAAUUACGCAUCGCUUCUCCAAGAGUGGCGCUUAAGUGCCAGGUACUAUUGUAGAAGCUGCGCGCUUUCCAUUCAUCCUGGGCGAGGCCGCGGGUCUCUUGCUCGCUCGGUGGAGGUGGAAGGUGCUGGGCUGCUCCCUUAAAUUUCUCUUGAGUGGUGACUGGAAGAUUCUACUCUCAAGGCAGAAAUGCCACAGAUUACUCAAUGUUUGAUCUGCCAUUGCUCCUCUUUUCGACGUUUUCAUAGCCGGCUUCCCACUGUCUUGUUCCUCAUCACCAUCUCUGGCAUUGAGUGAUGUCCACGGCUGCCUUAAUCAGUCUGGUUCGGAAUAGAGGCCACCAGCUGCAGAGGGCCCUGCUUACAUCUUGUACAAUUCUCAGCCCCAAGUGUCAAAUUUCCACCAACGACUGCAAGGCUUCGCGUUUCGAUCUGGAUGGGAGCGGCUGCCCCGCCACCUGGGAUUCCUUUGGGAUUUGGGACAACCGCCUGGACGAGCCCAUCUUGCUCCCCCCCAGCAUCAAGUAUGGGAAGCUGAUUCCCAAAGUCAGCCUGUCAAACGUGGGCUGUGCCACCCUUAUUGGGAAACGGAAGGAAAAUGAGGACCGUUUUGAUUACGCCCAGCUGACGGAGGAGGUCCUGUAUUUUGCCAUUUUCGAUGGGCACGGCGGGGUGGCAGCAGCUGAUUUCUGCAACAAGUACAUGCCGAAAUAUAUUCGAGAAUUUCUCUCUGAGGAACGCAACAUGGAAUUAGUAUUGAUUAAAGCUUUUCUAGAAAUAGACAAAGCAUACAUGAGACACGCCCACUCAUCUGCGGAUGCUACCUUGCUGAAUACUGGGACCACAGCAACGGUGGCUCUGCUGCGAGAUGGCAUUGAGCUGGUGGUAGCCAGCGUGGGCGAUAGCCGUGCGCUGUUGUGCCGCAAAGGAAAAGCCGAGAAACUGACCAUCGAUCACACUCCAGAACGGAAGGACGAGAAGGAAAGAAUCAGAAAAUGUGGUGGUUUCGUUGCCUGGAACAGUUUGGGGCAACCCCAUGUAAAUGGCAGACUUGCGAUGAGCCGUAGUAUUGGAGAUUUGGAUCUCAAGAAAUACGGUGUGAUUGCAGAACCUGAAACUAAACGGGUGCAGUUGCAUCAUACAAGCGACAGCUUCUUGGUCCUGACCACAGAUGGCAUCAAUUUUAUGGUAAACAGCCAAGAGAUUUGUGAUUUUGUUAACCAGUGUCAUGAUCCAACCGAAGCAGCUCGCAUCAUCACUGAACAGGCUAUGCAGUACGGGACAGAAGAUAACGGCACCGCUAUUGUAGUGCCCUUUGGAGCAUGGGGCAAAUACAAAAACUCCGAGAUCAAUUUUUCCUUCAGCCGGGGUUUUGGUUCAAGUGGACGCUGGGCGUGAGCAUCUUCUGCACCAAGCUGCUGAACGUUUAAAGAUGUAGAUUGCAGAAAGGUGAUAUGUAGGUUAAAAAAAAAAAUCCCUCCAUCUCUUCUAGCAAAAUGCCCUUUCUGCUUGGGUAGCAAACUGCUGUUAACUUGAUGUCACCUCUUAACAAAUGUCUUUGUUACUAGCUUCUCUCAAACCGAGCAUUCUCACACUUUUGGUCCUUCCUUGUGGACGUCUGCAGGGGCAAGAAAGAUGCUGAUAUUUUUGUGGCUGACUGUCAUUGUGGUAUCACCUGUUUCUCCUGAUGUUCUGGAGAUGUUUUAGAGAAAUGAAGGAAUGUGGCAGAUGCAAGCAGACUGCACAGCACUGCAGUUGAGGAACCAAAGGCCAAGAAAAAUAGCAUUUUAUCUCCUUCGCUAUUCCAUCCUGUGUAAAAGGAAAUUCAAAGACUACUAGAAGGGUGGAGAGUUGGAGAGGUGGGUUUAAUUGAUAGUUCACCAUCACUGUCAGAUUGGGGGUUAGAAUAGUUCAACUCUUAAAAAGCAGCACUUUGGUCUCAGGACUGAUAAGCCUCAGGAUUGUGGAGCCCAAAGGCAGAGAUAUAACUGUGUACUUCCUGUACUGAUGUCCCCUUUCUUUGAAAAGCAGAGAGAGAGAGAGUUGUACACUUGGUUAAAUAUCUGCAUUUUGUGUAAUGUAUGACUCGAGAUGCACUAUAGCUCUUGAAACAGUACUAACCACGAUAUGCUGUGUUAGUACGCGUUCUCAAAAAUAUCAAAUGAAUUCUGUUUUUUUUCUUCUUCUUUCUUUAAAGGGGCCAGUGCUAAAACCCCUCCUUUAAAAAAAAAAAAGUUCCACAUUGGCUACUCUUAAAUUCCUUUUCUAAGUAUUCAUGCACAGCUUUUAAUGCAAUGAAUUUUGGUGAUGAGAUUAUUUUAGUUUGUUUCACAGUUGAAAAAGAAGAUGACGUAAACCCACUCGGUUUUCUAGGUUCUGGCUAUUUGAAAGAACAUCGUCUAAAAAAGUCUGCUUAGAAUCGUCCCCAACUUUUAUCUAAAGUAAACAUUGGAGGGAACUGAAAGUUUCAGAGAGGCUAAAUAAUAUGUUUUCAAAAGAUUCUAUCCUUUCACAUUUUAAAAUCCAGCUGUGAAAGAGAACAAAUCCAUCAAGGCUACAGUAAUUGAAAUAAAAGCAAGGUUAAUUUCAUGGCCCAGACGUCUUUCAAUUCCCCUGGGCAGCCUUCUCCAACUUUCUGCCCUUUUGAUGCUGGGCGCUGAUUACGCCCAUCUGAUUGGGAAUUUCAAGUGUUUUAUUAUCCACCUGAGAACAUCAGGUGGAAAAGAGAGCAGAAGUACUGGUGCUAACAUCUAUAUUUCUAAAUCUGAAGUUGUUUGUCUCAACGGUGAGAUCUCAUGACAGUGCCGAAAUAUCACGCAUUCUUUGCCGAGUAAGAGAACUGCAGCCUCGUGAGAUUUGAUGAUCUUAGAAGCUUCCAGCCUUUGGGGUGGAAAAACCCAAUGACUCUUCAAAACACCCCUCAUUUAGGCCAGUGCCACCAACAUAUGUUGUGAGUGUUAUGUUACUGGUGGAUACUGAAUUUCCAGUCCCUAUUAAUAUGUUUGUACGCACAAGGUGUGAGAAAGCUGGAGGCCUCCUGAGUCAUAGAUAUCCUUGAGAGAGCAAAUGAGGAAACCUUUGUCAUGACCUCAUCAGACGAAUGUGAUUGGCAUCAAUCCGGGGACAGAUACAAAUUACAUAACGUUGUAGGAUGGUGUCAUGAUGAUGCACUUCAUAAUGUUAUUGUGACUUCUGAUGGAUGCCUAUGGCUACAAUAUAAACAUUGGGAGCAUUUCCUUGGACUAAAAGGGAAAUAAAUGUUAAAUAUAUAAUGCAAUAUUCGUCUUCCCCUGCAUAGAGUUACUUCACAUGUAGGAAUAAUAGCGCUGAGCCAUUUAGUUGAACCCUGGUCACAAUGUGAACGAUGGACUUUACACAACUGCACAUCUAAGCCUGUAGCACCGAAAACCACUUUGGUGUCAAUCAUUCCGACGCUGCCUCUUUACAUUUGCCUGUUCAUAACGGAUCCUUUGAACUUGUGAAAGACUUUGCAGACAGCACCCCGGUGUUGUUCUGUUUUUGUCUGCUGUAAAUUUUUAUUUGUAUUCUAUAUGCACAGUUUCUAUAAUAUGAUUAUAUAGACUUUAACGGUUAAGUUUACUUUUAUCAGUUGCUAUCAUUUAAGACACUAAAGUGGUGUGUAUUGAUGUUAAAAACAUUUUGUUCUUCCUGGGAUUAUUAUUUUUUUUUAAAAAGGGCUUUUGUUUUGUUCUUGUUCGCUAUAAUAAAAACACCAUCUCUUCCGUGGGCUAAAUCAGAAUUAUCACCAUUAUAUAAUAUAAAUAUAUGACGCAAAUAUACUUCCAGGAAAAGGAGCAGUUUUGGCCAUGAUUCAGCUUUUUUCUCUUAGGAAAAAAAAACACUCAAUAGCAGCAGCUCAUAAAAGAAAAGGAAGCUAAUAAUUACUGAAUGCAGGGAAAGAUAAUAUGUUUUUCCCUUUACUAUGGCCCUAUCCCCACAAAGCACAUGCCAUUUUCAAAAAAAUGGAAUUUUCCUCUAGAGCUCUAAUCUUAGUUAUCCUAUCCUAGAUACCCAUUCCUUCAGCUGACAUGGCUGGCAAAUUUUUUUAAAGUUACAGCAAUAAACACAAGGACAUGUAGAUUAUUUCCUUUGGCACUCAUAAAUCUAGAAAUAAAGGGAAUCUCAGUCAGGAAAUUCAUAAAUCUAAUCUUAAUAUAUUUUUUAAAGGCACAAUUAUUAAAAGGCAAUAUGUAUUGUAUAGGGUAAAUCUGAAAUUGACUGGUUAGGAAAAAAAAUUGUAAAACUUUCAAAGAAAUCAUUUUAGGUUGUGACUGAAAGCAUCAAGGCUUUCUAAUCUAAUUUCAGCCCUUUUUAGCUACAAGAAAUCCAGGUUUGGAAGAUGCAAUUGUUUGCUUCCUGUUGUCGAUUGCAAAAGAGGUUUAUCAAACACCUGGGUUACGGGAAUAGUUGCCCCCAUCCUGCUUAGAAUAUCACAAGGUUGAAGACAUUUAUUAUCCUGCAUCCCUUAUUGAUCUAGUGAUAGUUCAGUAGACAUAGAAUUGAACUCAGUUGCCAUUUCCUUUGUAACCAGGAGAAACUGGAUGGUGGUAUAUAGAUUUACCUGUGGUUUACCUGUGUAGUCAGUGUGCUAUCACCGGUUCAUUCAAGGUGUGUUUUGUAUCAGAUGGCUGAGUGAAAGUUGCCCUAUGUUUUCAUAUUCUUCAGUUCCAGCAUAUUUAAACUGCAUAAGCAUACAUUUGGGAAAGGAAAUAAGCAAACCAGCUGGGAUUUAGGAAAGGAAGUUGAGGUGUGUUUUGACACACCGUUUAUUGAUCCCAAACAAUAGGUAAAUUUUCUCACCACAUUGAAUGUACUGCAGGGAAAGUUUCCCAAGGUUAUGAAGCUGCAGUGCCUCCUGCACAGGAGGAAACAAAUAAUGGUUAAGAAAAGAUUACUAUUCCUGAAUAUCUAGAAAGGUUUGGCAAACUGGCACAUCAAAAUUAAUUAAAAAAAAAAAUCUAAAGUGUGCUUCUAUAAAAUCACUAUGCAUUUCUGUUUUAGAAAGCAUGUCAAAAAUGUACCCUCGGCAAUCCAGAUUUCCUGGGGGAGGCGUUGAAAUUUAUGGUGUAAGAUAUGUGUUGGCCUUAGCUGCUGUAUUUCUGUAGGAUGUAAGACGGGAAAUGAUUGUGGUGAAAGUUGCACAAAUGUUUAUGAGACUAUACUUAUUUCUUAAGGCUUAUUUAUUCUUUUGUUGGUACAAUAUGCUUCCUUUCGGUUUUAUUUCCAAUGUUGCAGUGCGUGUUCUUGUAUGCGUCACCCCCUGGAAGCAAUUUCCAAAGGAGCUGCACAGGCCUUGCAAAAGAUAGGACUGUUUUAAUGAUGCAAAAAAAAAGAUAGGACUGUUUUAAUGAUGCAUUAGUUUAUGUCCUCUUGCAUGGCACUGUAUCUCUUGGUUGCUUUUCAUCACCAUUUAUUGUUUGGGUUGAAGGCAAGACUGUCCAAAAUAUCGGGUAUUGUGAUAAAAUAUGUACAUAUUUUGAACGAGUGUAAAGAUGACUGGCUUGUUAUGUCAUUUUCACUGGUUUAUUUUACAACUGUAUAUUUGUCAUGGAGCAAAUGGAAGACUGAAAACAUUUGAAAUAAAAGAGCCUGCUCCCUA